AUGGGCUCGCGGCAGCAUCUUCGUGAUAUGACAUCAGGCCCCCCACUUCCAUAUCAGGAUGAUAUCAGAGCCUAUAAGAAAGAAUAUGCCGAGGCUCUCGAUGCCCAGGAUCCUCUUCACAAAUUUCGGGACGAAUUUAUCAUUCCAUCCAAGAAGGACUUGAAGCGAACCACUCUAGCAGUGGAUGAAGAUGUCAAUGAAGCUGCAGACCCCAGAUGUAUCUACUUCUGCGGCAACUCUCUUGGUGUUCAACCUCAUAGCACCCGGAGAUACAUUGAACAGUAUCUACGAACCUGGGCCACAAAGGGCGUGACAGGUCAUUUUGUCCCUCAUGACGACGAACUUAUUCCUCCAUUUGUUGACGUCGACACCGCGGCGUCAAAGUUAAUGGCUCCGGUUGUGGGAGCUUCGCAAAGUGAGGUAGCAGUCAUGGGAACCCUGACUGCCAAUCUUCAUCUUCUCAUGGCCAGCUUCUACCGUCCCACUCAGGGAAAGUAUAAGAUCAUUUUGGAAGGCAAGGCAUUUCCCAGUGACCAUUACGCAAUCGAGUCGCAAAUCUUGCACCACAAUCUUGACCCAAAAGAUGCAAUGGUCCUGAUUGAGCCCAAGGACCUUGAUCACCCCACCUUGACAACAGAGCAGAUUCUUCAGGUGAUUGAUGAAAAUGCCUCUAAUACGGCAUUAGUCCUGCUCUCUGCAGUUCAAUUUUACACUGGUCAAUAUUUUGAUAUUGAGCGCAUCACAGCACAUGCCCAAUCAAUGGGCAUUUUAGUUGGCUGGGACUGUGCCCAUGCCGCUGGAAAUGUGGAUUUGCGCUUACAUGACUGGAAUGUGGAUUUUGCAGCGUGGUGCACUUACAAGUACAUGAACAGUGGACCCGGCGGAAUGGCAGGGCUAUUUGUUCAUGAACGCCACGGCCAUGUAGAUGAACAGCAGGACGGCGAGGAGGGAUACCGUCCCCGCUUUUCAGGCUGGUGGGGUCACGAUAGCAAGACCCGCUUCAAGAUGGUGAACAAAUUCCUUCCUCAGCCCGGUGCCGCAGGCUUCCAACUUUCGAACCCCUCCGUGCUGGAUAUUAAUGCCGUCAUUGCGUCUCUUGAAAUUUUCAACCGCACGACGAUGAAGGAAAUUCGUCAGAAGUCGUUGAACCUCACGGGCUAUCUCGAACAUCUACUAAUCAAAUAUCCACUUGAUUCUCCGCCCGAAGAGAAGCCAUUUACCCUCAUUACACCAUCGAAUCCAGCCGAAAGAGGUGCUCAGCUCAGCUUGCGGCUCCAGCCCGGACUGUUAGACCAUGUUCUUCAUCACUUGGAAGAGAAUGGAGUCGUUGUCGAUGAACGAAAACCUGAUGUGGUUCGGGUAGCGCCUGCGCCAUUGUAUAACACCUAUGCGGAGGUGUGGGAGUUUUGCCAAAUCUUUUUGCAGGCGUGCCGAGAGGCUAUCAAGGUUCGGCAAUGA